UUUAAUGCACAUUUGUUUUCGUGUCACCAAGUGACAAACAGUGAAAUGUACACAACGAUUCUUCUGGGUAAACUCCAUUUAAUGUGCAAAGGAUGCUUAAUCCUACACGGGAUAGCUUUUAAAUUCUAGCUUAAUGUCACGGUUUAUAUUUACAUGGGUUUCCUUGGAAUAGUAUUUUAAGGCAGAAAAUGAAGCAGGGUUAUUCAUUUUUAAGAAGACGUAAAGCUGAAAAACGGCGUUCGUCGCUGUGCGUUGGGUGCGGGGGACAGAUCCAAGACCAGUUUAUUCUAAGGGUAGCGCCGGACCUCGAGUGGCACGCUUCGUGUCUUAAGUGCACGGAGUGUAGUCAGUACCUCGACGAGUCUUGCACCUGCUUCGUUCGGGACGGGAAGACGUAUUGCAAGAGGGAUUAUGUAAGAUUAUUCGGGACCAAGUGUGCAAAAUGUAAUCUCGGAUUUAGUAAAAACGACUUUGUGAUGCGAGCGAGGAAUAAGAUCUACCACAUAGACUGCUUUCGUUGCGUGGCUUGCAGUAGACAGUUGAUUCCAGGAGACGAAUUCGCGCUACGCGAAGAUGGAUUAUUUUGCAAAGCAGACCACGAUGUAGUGGAAAGGGCAUCCGCUGGCGAGUUUGUCCCACAUAAUAACAACAACAACGACCCCAGGGUGGGGCCGGGCGGGCAACUGACGUCUACAAAACCAUGCCACGAUCAACAAGGACCAAUGCCGACUAGCGGGAGAGGUCGAUCACACAAAGAGUCAAAGACAACACGGGUUCGAACGGUACUCAAUGAAAAACAACUGCACACGUUACGGACGUGUUACGCUGCCAAUCCGCGCCCGGACGCCCUUAUGAAGGAACAGUUGGUCGAAAUGACCGCUCUGAGUCCCCGGGUCAUUCGGGUGUGGUUCCAAAAUAAAAGAUGCAAAGAUAAAAAGAAGAGUAUCUUGAUGAAACAGAUUCAGCAGCAACAAGAAAAGAACGGCAAUCGGUUACAAGGACCUCUUCCACAGGGCGUUCCCAUGGUGGCGUCCAGCCCCGUACGUCACGAGAGCGGCAUGCAGGGAAACCCGGUAGAAGUCCAGAGCUAUCAGCAGUCCACCCCGUGGCACAAACUGGCCGACUACGGCGGGAUGCAGGGCGAUAUAGACCAACCACCCUUCCAGCAACUGGUAGAGUCGUUCGACCACUGCGACACCGAUGACUCGUAUAUGCCGUAUUUGGGUGAUGAUUCUAGUCUUAACCCCCCAAGCGCCACUUCCUCGGACGCCCACGAUAUCUCAAACUGUUCAGAAAUGUCCAGCCCGACGAGCAGCUGACUAGCCGUGGAUAAAACUGUCCAUGAAGCGGACCGCGACGGACAUUGCAACCAUCACUGGACACUCAGCUCUGUGAGUGAGAUACGUCAGUUAGUUUCUUAAACAAAAAGACAAUGAGCAUGAUGCAGUUUAUGUCUUGAAUCUCAUUUUAAAAAAAGCCGUGUGACGGUAUAUUAUCAGAACAGUGCCAGGAGCGCUGAGCAUAAUUUGUACCUGAAUACGCCGCGCGUUUCAGCCCAGGAGAUAGGUGUGACAAUAAAGAGAAAACAAUGAGUUAUUAAUUGCAGACUAUCAGACAAUUUUUGACCAACUUGGUACUUAGGCGUGAGAUUGAGGCGUCAGUGUGUAUUGAUCCAUGGAAGCCCAGAUGUGUCAGCCUUUCGACCCGUAGAUAUAUAGUAGUAACGACGUGGAGCAGUGCAAUGAAUGUGUAUUUCUAUUUCCAAGGUAUCAGAGUUGGCCACGUGAAGGAUUUUGUUAUUAUUUUUUAAAACUUGUUUUAUUUAUUUUCUGGUUAAAUAUAAGAAUGUAUGUGUUGAUGAUUAACUUUUUAGUAUAGAGAAGUUUGUAAAUUGAUAACCUCAUGAAAGGCUUUUUGGAGACCACGGUAGUCUAUCUCUCUCUCUCAAAGAGAAGCACGGAAAAUAACCAGACUGAAUGGGAAUCUUUGACCAACCAAGUGUUUAAUUGAUCCAUUCACAUUAAGCUUCUUUUAUUUGUGGAUGAAAGAAAAAGAAAGAUGUUGUAGUAGACUUUCCUUCAAUUCCUUUUUAUUUGUCUUAAAAUCAGAGUCCAACAAAGGAUAACCUAGAAUCCUGGGAAUUCCAAGUUUGAUUUUCCUAUAAUAGGAAUUCUUUCGGGGCAUUGGUAAUUGAAUUAACAUUGUGCAUAGAGAUAGGUCAGAAUGCAUCGAUUUCCCGGCGUGUCAGCUCACAGAUUGCCUGUGGCAGAGCUCGAAACGUUUGCGGAGGUCUGGGCUGAAUUUGAACCGUUUUCUUGCAAAUAUUUUCAAAAGUUUAAGACUAAUAUUUAUAUUGAAUAUUUAUGAGACGCUUGCCGUCUGAAGAAAAGAAAAAAAAUAGCUGCGCUCAAUGAAAUCGGAGGAAAAUUCAGUCAUUUGAGGUUUGUGGACUGAUAUUGAAAUUCGGCUUCGGUUUGUGUGGUCUUGGGUUUUUUGUUACCUUUGUAUAAGAAGGAGGAAAGUCCUAUGGAUUUUUAUGCCUUUGAAAUUGUAAAAAUAAAUGUAUGACUUUUAUUAAUUUA